AUGGACUUUAUCAAUGAUUUGAUGCCGGUGGAUUCGGCGCUAGUCAAGCGGCUACAGCGAAGCAUGGUGUUUGAUACGAACAAGAGUGCUGCUAGGAUUAGGGUAGGUUAUUUAUCUUAUUAUCUACUAAAUUUUUAUUUCAAAAAAAUUUAAAUUUCAAAAGGUGUAUGACAGAUAGAUAUGCCUUCCUAUGUAUGAAGGGCAGGCCGAAGGCGCUUUUGGUUAAAGAGAGUGGGGUAGUUUUUCCAACCAGAAAAAAUUUUCGAAAAAUUUGAACAUGUGGAUUUUUGGAAAAAAAUUUUUUCGACCUUUGCCCUUAGACCAAAAGCCUCCGCCCGGCACUGGCUAGGACUAAGGCGAAAGCUAGCAAAAAAACGUUGUUUGAAAAGGUUUUUUUUUGAAAUUUUAUGAAAAAAAUAUAAUUAUGUAAUUUCAGAACGACGAAAGACACGCCGUGAGUGCAUUGGUAACGGUUUUGAAACGCCUGAGGAAGAACAAAGGUGCUGUUGAGGUGUUGGAUCGUGCUGUGACUUCCGAAGACUGUUCUACUAAAUGUAUAGUGUACAAAAUGUAAGUCUUAUCUCUGCAUAGCUUAUAUAAGGUUUUUUUACCUUGUAUAACAUAUAUAAAAUGCCUUUUCUUGCUUUGAAGUCAUCAGUUUAGGUAUUGCUCAAAGUUUUUAUAUUUUAAAAUUGUGGAGAAAAGCGUUGAUCACCUAAAACAAUAUCGAAAACCUUAAAUUUGUAUCUCAAAAACUAUCUAUCAGAUCCGUUUGAUAUUAAUAUUGACUUAGUUUUAUCAUAUUAAUCUUUAAAUUACCUUACAUUUCCAGGCCCAAAAAAAGUGAUGCUAACAACCCGACCUUGCACAAGACCUACCCCCACUUUACUCUCUGUAAAAUGUUUCGUUUCCCUGAGAUUGUCACCUACCAUCAACUCACUCAUUCUGAUCAUUGUCUCUUCGAUUUUGCUACAAAUUAUCAGUCGUUAGAGUACUGCAUCAAUCCUUAUCACUACCAGUUGGCUAAACGUCCACGUAAGUUGGCGUUGAAGGGUAGGGUAGGGUAGGGUAGGGUACGGUAGGGUACGGUAGGGUACGGUAGGGUACGGUAGGGUAGGGUAGGGUAGGGUAGGGUAGGGUAGGGUAGGGUAUGGUAGGAGACUUAUCUAAUCUUAUUAUUUCCAGAAAUCCCAGACAUGGUGGUACCUAAAAACGUCCCAGUUGAUCUCCAAACCCAGCACAGACUCCUCACCCUAAGUGGCAACAUUGACCGUCUCUGCCCUCAAGGCGUGCCCAAUAUUACACUAGACGCUCGUUCUAUCCCUGCCUGUUCCGACCCAGAUGCGCGCUGUUUUUCGACUGAUAAAGGAGAAAACAAUGAAGACGCGGCUUCAUCGUGCAGUUCCCGUGUACCAGGUGUCGCCUCACCUACUAGUACUCAUGUACCAUCACCUUCUACUGACUUUAACGAUGAAAUGGAGACGGACCAAGAUUUGCCCAGUCCAGGGUCGACCGGUUCUCAAGAACCGUCCAAUCGUAACAUCUACGCCAAACCGCCGAUGAGUAACGAUUCAGAUUGGCAUCGUACGGCCGAAUCUCCUUUUGGUGCUAUUAUGGGACCGGAUGGUGACAUUGGGAAUGUAAUGAGUACAGACACGGUGGCUAGAAUCAGUUUUCAAGAAAGUCCGGUGUGGUGCACGGUGGGGUACUACGAGGAGGAGACUUGUGUACGCUCGGAUUACCAUGGUUCAAGGCCGUCGUUCGUGAUUGAUGGCUACACGUCGGUGCCGGAUGAGGAGCGAUUCUCAGUUGGGAACUUUACGAAUUCAAAGAGAUCGAAAGGUACUCUACAAGUACGACAGUUCAUUGGCAAAGGCAUUAGAUUGUACUACAUUGCUGGUGAUGUGUUUGUGGAGAACUUGUCCGCCUUUUCGAUCUUUGUUCAAUCACCGAUGGCUGCUCAUCGAUACAAUUGGCACACGGCUGCGGUGUGCAAGAUUGCACCAAGUAAGCAUUUUUUUUGGGGGCUCAAAACUUUUUACACAAUUUGGUAUUUCAAAAAAAUAAAAGAAAAAUAGGUUUGAAGUACUUAGUUUCCCAAAUACACGGUUUAUAGUACUAUAUAGUAUCAUUUAAAAAUAAUUUUACAUAUCUUACUAAAAAACUAAUCCUUCCCUUUCAGACUCCCAUUUCAAGAUCUUCUCCAUGACCGAGUUUGCCACUCUACUAGGCAUCGCAGUGAAAGAUGGCUUUGAAACUACCUUCGCCUUGACCAGGAUGUGUACCGUGCGAAUUUCGUUGGUGAAAGGAUGGGGCAAGGUGUACAAACGUCAUUCUGUGAAUAAGACGCCGGUCUGGUUCCAGGUGCAUCUGACUAGUCCACUUCAAUGGCUGGAUCGGAUUUUGAUAGAAAUGGGUGGACCGCCAGAGAGAUGCACCUCUUUCAGCUAA